AUGUCUGGCGCACUCUGGUCUCUUGUUGGGAAAAGAGUCCUAGCGGAAUCCGCAAGGAAUCAUUUCGGAACAGAGGAUCCAUAUUUUGAAGAAGUUCCUGCGUCCCGGCUUGGACGUGCCAUGGGAAAGAAAACCCGCAAGCGUCGCAAGGCCAUUCCCCCAGGCCUUUCUGAAAAGGAUGCCAAAAUCCUCACCCAGGUCAAGCGCCGAGCCUACCGACUCGACUAUGCUCUUUUCAAUCUCUGUGGCAUUCGAUUUGGUUGGGGAAGUGUCAUUGGCCUCGUUCCAUUUAUCGGCGAUGCUGGGGACGCUGCACUGGCCAUGAUGGUCGUGAAAAACUGCGAAGAUAUCGACGGUGGACUCCCGUCACGUUUGCGCAUGAUGAUGAUGAUCAAUGUGAUCGUCGACUUUGUCAUUGGCUUAGUUCCAUUCGUUGGCGACCUUGCAGAUGCUGUUUACAAGUGCAACACUAGAAAUGCCGUCAUUCUCGAGAAACAUCUUCGUGAGAAGGGCGCAAAAGCGAUCAAGAGACAAUCCAAAGAACGAGGAAGGGCACAAGAGCCGCUGGCCAUUGAUACUGUCGAUCACAGUCUUCCAGAGGAAUGGGACAGGCAGGAGAAUGGAGUGGUAGGCAAUGCGCCACCGGCAUAUGAAGAGCAAGGGGCCUCACGAUCACGACACGCCGACAAUGAUGGCACCUAUCCAGCCAGGCCACCACCCACCAGACAAGCUAGGAACAACCGUGGUUUCAGCCGCUGGUUUGGUGGAGCCAGCCAUCCUGACGAGGAUUUGGAGCAAGGAAGGUGA